UCUUCUUCCCCACGACACCACCAUCAAAACCCACCAUUUCUCUUUCCUUUUCCUUCUCUCUUUCCUCUUCUUCCCCAAACAAACCCCCUUUUCACCAUCUUCUCUACUUUGCUUUUUCUUUCCUCCUCCUCCUUCUUCCAUCCAUUCCAUUCCAAUCCCUUCAUUUCCAAUCAACCCAACAACCCUUUCCCUUAAAUCUCCCCCAAUUUCCCUUCAAUUUGAUGCGUCUUGAAGGAUCGAAGUGAAACUGUGUUUUCUGAUCAUUAUUCUAUGUCGACUAUUUCCAAAGAUGAUAACAUGGUUUUGUCCUCUGAGGACUCUUCUUGCCCAGAUGAAUCCGAAAUCGAAUUGGGGUUAGGGCUUUGUCUCGGUGUUCGUGAUUCCGCCACACGCAAGAUUCAGAAAGUUUCAAUCGGGGUUCAAUUUGGUAGAAUUUUAACCGCGGAGGAUUUUCCUUCCUCGAUCUCUUCUCAUUCGUCUAUGUCUUCUUCUUCAACCACCUCUUCUGUUUGUUCCUCAUCAUCGCUUCGUGGAGUCAAUGUCACUGAUGGGUCGAAGAGAAAUUCUGAUUCUGCUCCAACUAUCAAUGGCGGGAGAACUAGCCAGGUAGUGGGUUGGCCCCCAAUCAGAGCUUCUAGGAUCAGUACCUUGGUUAACCAGGCAAAGCCUCAUUCUGUAGAAGAAUUCAAGGUAGAUGCUGGCAAGAACAAAACCAAGCAUCAGGAGGCAGGGGCACUUACGGGUGUUAGUGGUAAAAACCAAGCAAAUGAAGAGAGUAGGAAUUCCAGAAAUUCCGUGUACGUGAAGGUGAAUAUGGAUGGAGUUCUCAUUGGACGAAAGGUUAACCUCAGUGCUCACAGCAGCUAUGAAACCUUGGCCAAGACAAUUGAGAACAUGUUUCUUGAUCCCACUGCGCUGGUUGACUCAACUGGAUCAAGCACAAAGGAACGUGAUGUAGUGAGACCCUCCAGACUACUAAAUGGACUUUCUGAGUACAUGCUUACUUAUGAAGACAGGGAAGGAGAUUGGAUGCUAGUUGGCGAUGUUCCUUGGGGAAUGUUUACCUACUCGGUGAAGAGGCUUAGGAUAAUGAGAGCAACUGAAGCCAAUCAAAUUGGCAGGUGAUCUAUCAGCAGGGUUGAAAUUCACCAACUGAAGAUGUUUUUUCUUUCAUUUUUAUUUUCUUUUCCACGACACCUAUUCUCUGUGAGGAAGUUUGCAGCUCUGUAGCAGCAAGAGAAGGGAUUGGUGAUAUUAUAUGAGGAAGGCCAAUAUGUAUGGACUGAGGCAAAGCUUGAAAACUGUGCAAAUGAGAGGUAAUAGGCAACGCAUUUUGAAGGCAAAAGGAUUGGCUUCUUUUUCCUUUUUUCCUUUUUUUUUUUUUGAUCUUAUUCCCUGUGCUCUGGGAAUUGUCAACUUGUGUAAUUUGGAAGUCACAGCCAUAAAGCCAUGCACAUAUACAGAUGUGGGAAUGUUUGUUGUGAAUAUGAGAGCAAAUAAUGCUCUGCUUAAGCCCUUUUUGGCCAUGGAAGGCCUUUUCUUCUUCUUCUUUUUUUCCUCUUUUAAAUGCUGUAAUAUUCCCUGUUUUAGUUUUCUUCUCACUCAAUGGAGAUGGGAGAGAAUGAUGUGGUUAUGUGUGUCUGUAAACAGGGGAAAUUUUGGAAUUUCAAUAAAGAAAAAAAAAAGUUACAA